CCUUCAACGCCUCCGGCCCGUCGUUCUGCACAACACACAAACAAGACGCGCACGCACGCAUACACAUUCCACUUUUCCUCCAUUCGCGCAUUGGACUGUUCUGGGCGCGAAUUGGAGCACGAUUCCUCUGUCUCUCCUUUCCAAGCUUCCGACCGUGAUACGCGGCUCGCGUGUUGGAUCCUUUCUCUGCGCACAUCAGGAUGAGCAGCGGCCGUCUGACGAGGUCGCAGACGGGCAAAACGCCCAGGAAGCCUGCGCAUCUAGCCGACUACGUCGAGACUCCGGGUACCUACCGGCGCACUCGCAAAUCUGUCGCCCCGGUCUCGCGCGAGGCCACGACUGAGACGGAAGAGCAGAUCUUCGAUCGCAUCGAGGUCGCCGCGCAGGCGGAGGCGGAGGCGGAGGCGGGCGCCAAUCAGGUUGUUCAGGACGGUGCCAUCCAUACAGGCUCACCCAAUGGCCACGCAAACGGACACGCGAACGGAGCGGCGAAAAAGGGCGGCGGCAGGCGCAAGAAGGACGUCCCUACAGCUACGACUGUCGACCCCAAGGUCGACACCAGCGGCGAGUUUGAGUUCGGCGGCCCCCUCGGCGUCAGCUUGAUCAUGCUGGGCUUCCCGCUCAUCAUGUACUACAUGUGGCUGGGCGCGACUUACUAUGACGGCAAGCUGCCGCUGCCGGAGCCGGGACAGAGCCUGACGGACUUCGCCAAGCAGCUGGCCGGCUACAUUUACGAAGGCGCUUUCCCGCACGCCAAGGCGUGGGCUAUCUACUGGGUCUUCUUCGUCGUCGAGGCCAUCUUUUACCUCUUCAUGCCGGGCGUGUAUGCAAAGGGCAAGCCGCUUCCCCAUCUCGGUGGCAAGCAGCUUGACUACUACUGCUCUGGCGUCUGGUCCUGGUAUGCUACCAUCGUUCUCGUGCUCGCUCUGCACUUUUCAGGCCUCUUCCCCCUGUACACGCUCAUUGACGAGUUCGGUCCCCUAAUGUCCGUCGCGAUCCUUUCCGGCAUCGCCGUCUCGCUGAUCGCUUACUUCUCUGCGUUGAUUCGCGGCGCCCAACACCGAAUGACCGGUCACUUCAUCUAUGACUUCUUCAUGGGCGCCGAGCUCAACCCCCGGCUCUUCUACUGGCUUGACUUCAAGAUGUUCUUCGAGGUGCGCCUACCAUGGUUCAUCCUCUUCUUGCUCUCCCUCGGCGCGGCCGCGAGACAGUAUGAAAUGUAUGGCUAUGUCAGCCCGGAAGUCGGGUUCAUCCUCAUGGCGCACUUCUUGUACACGAAUGCCUGCGCAAAGGGCGAGGAGCUCAUCGUGACGACUUGGGACAUGUACUUCGAGAAAUGGGGCUUCAUGCUCAUCUUCUGGAACAUGGCCGGCGUGCCCCUGAGCUACUGCCACUGCACUAUCUACCUGGCAAACCACCCGCCCUCCGAAUACGCGUGGCCAAAAUGGGUGCUCAUCAUCUUCUACACAUCCUACCUCUUCGUCUACUGGGUCUGGGACACGUGCAACUCCCAGAAGAACAUGUUCCGCGCCCGUAGCCGCGGCUAUGCGCUCGAUCGCAAGACCUUUCCCCAGCUGCCUUACAAGGAGGUCAAGAACCCGGUCACCAUCCCCACAGACACUGGCGAUGACCUGCUGUGCGACGGCUGGUACGGAAAGGCUAGGAAGGUACAUUACACGUGCGACGCGUAUUUCGCCACCAUGUGGGGCCUGAUUUGCGGCUUCAAGAGCCCGUUCCCGUGGUUCUACUCCGUCUUCUUCGUCUGCAUGAUCAUUCAUCGCGCGAGACGGGACGUGAUGAGAUGCAGGGAGAAGUACGGCAAAGCGUGGUUGGAGUACGAGAGGCGGGUUCCGUAUCUGUUCAUUCCAUAUGUCUUCUAAACACCUCACUCCGCGGAGGGCGUAUUCACAUGCCCCUUUGGAAUUGCCAUUCGCAGUUGCUCGGGCCUUGCUGCGCAACGCUUCACGGGCAACAUCUGUACAUAAGUGUAAUCCUACCAGCCUUUUAAUGUGCCGCCAUCAGACACGGUGAGAUGACGGAGACCUGCCUCAAACUAUUUGCAUGCUGUGGUGACAUGAUGCAGGUCGUGUGUUUUGCAGAGACUGCAGAAAGAAGGAGGGUAUCCACCACAAAGUCCCCCGACCCAUCUAGCAGAAUAAUCGUGUAGGAAAGAAAAACCUCUGGGACACAAAAAUAAUUCCGUGUUAUAUGUAAUGCAUCGCAUGUUAUUUUUUUUUUUUUUU